AUGUCAGAUAAUCGUAGUAAAAGUUUUAGUUUACCACAUAUUUGUAACUAUGAUGGAUUAAGUACCUAUUCAUUAAAUCAAUUAAAAUUGGAUAAAAAAACAAAACAAUCAGUUUAUUAUAUUUGUCAUAUAUGUAUAUUAAAAAGUAAACAAAUGAAUAUAAAUGAUGAAUUGACUAAAGAUAAAGCAGAAUAUUUAAUUGAAAAUAAUUUAAAUAAACGUUUAGCUCAUUGUAAUUUAUAUUGUUUACAAGAUCAAAUACGUUUUGAAAAAUCAAAACAAUGCGGUUCAAAUCCACCAAGAAAAUUUAUAUUAUAUAAACAUAUUAAAUGUAUAUAUAUCUCUGAAAGUAAACCAUAUACAUUUAUAUUAUGUAUAGAAUAUGAUAAAGCUAAAUGUAAAAUUUAUGAAGUCUAUAAAUGUAAAUUAUCACAAGAUGUUAAAAUGCUUUAUAUUUUAUUACAGAAAGCAUUAAAUGAUAAAGAAUUUUUAUUAAGAGAUGAAUUAAAAUGUCCAAAAGUAUCUAUUGGAUUACAAUGUUGUUUAAUUUAUGAUAGAACUAUGAAUACUACUAGUAAUAUCAAUCCUUCUACAUAUGAAAGUAAUAUUCAUUAUAAUAAUGAAAAAUAUAUGAGUAAUAUUAAAAGACAAUCAUUAUUACCAAUGAAUGAAUCAUUAUCUAGAACUAAAUUUACUGGUGUCACUACAAAUAUUUAUGAAGAACAUUCUAAUGAAUUGAUUCAAAAACAAGCUAUCACUUCAAAUUCACUAUCUAGAUAUUCUGAUAUUUCAAUGGAAUUAUUACAAAAGUUGAAUAGUGCCUAUAAUCCAGAUGGUGAAUAUAACAAUAAUAAUAGUAAUAAAACCUGGCAUAAAUCGUUGGUAUUAUUACAGACGGAUUAUAUAAGAGGUCCUCGAAUCAAUGACAUUGGUCCUAUUUAUAUGUUUGUAGCAAGACAACUGAAAUAA